AGCAGCGAGAAUGUGGUGGUGGAGUUCCGCGACGCCCAGGCGACUGCCAUGUCAGUGGAUUGCUUGGGACAGCGUGCUGUACUCUCAGGCCGCCGUUUCCUCUACAUUGUCAACCUGGAUGCCCCAAAUGAGGGUCACAGGAAGAUCUCCCGGCAGAGCAAGUGGGACAUUGGGGCGGUGCAGUGGAACCCCCACGACAGCUACGCCUACUACUUUGCAGCUUCGGUGCCUUCAGCAGCAGUCUGCUUCUGAGCAGAGAGUGAUUAAAACUGGAAAAAGCUGUCCCUCAGUGCCACUUCUGGGUACAGUCUGUGGAAACCAAAACCAAAGCAAUCAGCGUGUUGACCUGUAUAAGUGGAAGGAAGGUAAUGGAGAAGUUUGCACAUCUCUGCAAGGACACACACGUGUGAUCAGUGACCUGGACUGGGCAGUGUUUGAGCCAGACCUACUGGUCACCAGUUCCGUGGACACAUACAUCUACAUCUGGGACAUCAAAGACACCAGGAAGCCCACGGUCUCACUCUCAGCAGUUGCUGGAGCUUCCCAGGUGAAAUGGAACAAGAAAAAUGCCAACUGUUUAGCAACAAGCCACGAUGGGGAUGUCCGAAUAUGGGACAAAAGGAAACCCAGCACUGCAGUGGAGUAUUUGGCAGCUCAUCUCUCCAAAAUCCAUGGUCUGGACUGGCAUCCUGACAAUGAGUAUACACUGGCCACUUCCAGCCAGGACAACUCUGUCAGGUUCUGGGAUUACCGUCAGCCUCGGAAGUACCUCAACAUUCUUCCCUGCCAGGUUCCCGUCUGGAAGGCAAGAUACACGCCUUUCAGCAAUGGACUGGUGACAGUGAUGGUCCCCCAGCUCCGUCGGGAAAACAGUCUCCUUCUCUGGAAUGUCUUUGACCUGAACACGCCUGUCCACACAUUCGUGGGACAUGAUGAUGUGGUGCUGGAGUUUCAGUGGAGGAAGCAGAAAGAAGGCUCUAAAGAUUACCAGCUGGUUACGUGGUCCCGGGACCAGACCCUGCGCAUGUGGCGGAUUGACUCGCAGUUGCAGAGGCUGUGUGCUAAUGAUAUCCUGGAUGGAGUUGAGGACCUCAUUGAUGGGAUUUCUCAUCUGCCAGAGCCAGACAAGACCCUUCACCCCCAGGACACGGAGCCCCAGCAUAACUCUGGACAUGGAGAUGAGGAAGCCUUAAAAGAAGAUUUCCUGAAUGACCCCCUGGUGGGAAAGAAAACGGACCAACUGGGGCUGCCUCAAACACUGCAGCAGGAGUUUUCACUGAUCAAUGUGCAGAUCCGAAAUGUUAAUGUGGAGAUGGAUGCGGUGAGUCGCAGCUGUACGGUGUCGGUGCACUGUGGCAACCACAGGGUCAGGAUGCUGGUGAUGUUCCCUGUCCAGUAUCCCAAUAAUGCUGCACCGUCCUUCCAGUUCAUCAACCCAACCUCCAUCACAGCUUCCAUGAAGGCAAAGCUGCUGAAGAUACUGAAAGAUACUUCCCUGCAGAAAGUGAAGCGGAACCAGAGCUGCCUGGAGCCUUGCCUGCGUCAGCUGGUCUCCUGGCUGGAGUCUGUCGUGAACCAAGAGGACAGCACGUCCAGCAAUCCCUACGCUUUGUCCAACUCUGUAACACCUCCCUUGCCCACGUUCGCCCGGGUCUCCAAUGCCUAUGGCUCCUACCAGGACUCUAACAUCCCAUUCCCACGGACCUCUGGAGCCAGGUUCUGUGGUGCAGGUCAGCCUUGUCACUGGUAUAUUAAAACAGGGUACCUGGUAUAUUUCACAAGACCCAUGACCAUGCACCGUGCAGUGUCCCCGAUGGAGCCCACACCCAGGUCUCUGUCAGCUCUGUCAGCAUACCACAGUGGCCUCAUUACUCCAAUGAAGAUCCGCACGGAGACUCCGGGCAACCUGCGUCUGUACAGUGGGAGCCCAACACGCAGUGAGAAGGAGCAGGUCUCCAUUAGCUCCUUCUACUACAAAGAAAGGAAAUCAAGGAGGUGGAAAAGCAAACGAGAGGGGACAGAUGCCAACAACCGACCCAUCAAAGCUGCUGGGAAAGUUAUUAUCCAGGAUAUUUCCUGCUUGCUGCCUGUCCACAAGCUGCUGGGAGAGCUCUACAUACUGAAUGUGAAUAACAUCCAGGAGACUUGCCAGAAGAAUGCUGCCUCAGCCUUGGCUGUGGGGCGGAGGGAUCUCGUACAGGUUUGGUCACUGGCCAUGGUAGCCACUGAUCUCUGUCUUGGACCGAAGUCUGACCCAGAUUUAGAGAUACCUUGGGCACAACAUCCAUUUGGACGUCAAUUACUGGAGUCCUUGCUGGCUCAUUACUCACAGCUCCACGAUGUACAGACCCUGGCCAUGCUCUGCAGUGUGUUUGAAGCCCAGUCCAGGCUCCAGGGCUGCCCCAACUCUUGUGUCCCCUUUCCUCAGCGUGCCUCCAACCUGGCCUCUCACAGCCGAUACCCCAGCUUUACUUCCUCUGGCUCCUGUUCCAGCAUGUCAGAUCCUGGAAUUGGCACUGGAGGCUGGAGCAUAGCAAACAAAGACACGGAGCAGACCUCCACUCCCUGGUGUGAGUCUUCUCCGGAUGACUUCCGCUAUGGAAACCUGAUGUAUCCUGAUCAUCGGGAGCGGGAGAAGGACCAGCAUGAGAAAAACAAAAGGCUGCUGGAUCCUGCCAACACUCAGCAAUUUGAUGACUUUAAGAAGUGCUAUGGAGAAAUCCUUUAUCGCUGGGGCCUGCGAGAGAAGCGGGCUGAGGUUCUGAAGUUUGUCUCAUGUCCUCCUGAUCCCCACAAGGGAAUUGAGUUCGGCGUGUACUGCAGCCACUGUCGCAGCGAGGUGCGCGGCACCCAGUGCGCCGUCUGCAAGGGCUUCACCUUCCAGUGCGCCAUCUGCCACGUGGCCGUGCGGGGCUCCUCCAACUUCUGCCUGACCUGCGGGCACGGGGGCCACACCAGCCACAUGAUGGAGUGGUUUCGUACCCAGGAGGUCUGUCCCACGGGCUGUGGGUGCCACUGCCUGCUCGAGAGCACCUUCUGAGCAGUGCAGACACUGGGGAACUGAUCGGAUAUUUAAUUCCCAAGCCACGUUGAGUCAGCUCUGCUUCGCUCUGUCUGGAGGAGAUCAGCAAGGAGCUGAAGCAGGACGUCCUGGUAAUGUGCUGUGGUGAUGUUUACAAGUGCUUCCAUUAUUCCUACGCUUCCCAGGUUGCUUUCAGACCAAUUUGAGCAAAUUCCCUGUGUCCAUUGCUGGCAAUGGAUGCCAGACCAGAAAAAUUGCUCUCUCCUGCAGAAGGGUGUGUGAUUAUUUGUUAGUUUGGGAUGAAGAGGUUUUUGAAAGCUCCCCUGGAAAGGGCCCACCUGGCAGAGCCAAACUCACUUCAGCAAUGUAGAGUCUUUUCCAGGUGCCUCCUUACAUGGGCUCAAACUGAGCAAAACAGUUGUUUUACACAAUUAAAGCAGAAAUAAUUCUCAAGCAACGGUAAGCUCUAAAGGUGAGUUGUAAAUGGUGCUUGAAGAGGAAAUAGUCCAUGUAACUGUGCUCAGAGUUUCUCUGGAAGCAGCAAGGUCCUUAUUUUGAAUGGCUGUUUACAUUGUUUAGACUUCCCCACAAAACAAGAGAAGGAAAUGGCAUUUUUCAGGAUUACUUAAAUAGAUUUCUGCUCACUAGUUAGUACCUGUGGAAAGCCCAGACAGGCACCCAGGUCCCUGGGAUUAGUUGCUUCCAGCAGUUUUAGUACUGUUAGGCUUUAAGGUGUCUCCAUCUUCUGCUCUGACCAGGUGAUAAAAUGCACUUUAACUUGUCCCUGUCUUGUUGGUGACACUUCCUAGUGACUGGGAAAGGCAUCUGCCUUCUGUAUUUGGGAUCCACACUGUCGUUCCACAGAUGUGGUGUUUAGGAAAGCCUUUGCUCCCUCACUGAGAAAACACAAAGAGACACUUAGUCCAUACAGCUCCUUUGGCUGUUGUCUCCAAGCACUAUGGGGAGAAUUAUGGGUAAUUUGAGAUUUGCUGCUGCUGGAGUGACGCUCUUGAACAGGGAGGCAGCAGUUUCUAGGGAAAAAGGGGGUGUGGAAGAAUGGUGGGAUCCACAGAGGCAAAAGGUUUAUGACUUUUCUUACUGUGGAGCAUCAACUGGAGAAUGUACUCAUGGAUCAGUCUGCUUGGGGUUGUGCUUGUGGGGCACUCCCAGCACAGGGACGCUGCUGUGCAGUGUGUGCACACCUGGAACGUGCAGCCUGUGCCUCUCCAGGGCUGGCUUCAGCCUGAGCUUUGGAUUUGGGCGAAUGUGUGGUCAAGGAUGAGCCAGCUGGAGCUACCCCCACCUCUACCAGCACUGAUCCCUUCUCCCACGCUUGCCUGCUGAGUGGGGCCACGUGCCAUGCCCCUUCCUAACCCCUGUGCUAGCUCAGGCUGUGGGAUCCUGCUAUGGAAUAAACAGAUGAUGUAUCUUAAACAAUUAAAACAUUAAAAUUAUUUUUUUAAGUGCU